AUGCCGCAAUCACCAAAAGUCACUGCGGUGGACUCCCUGCCCGCCAACGAAGCCAAAUGGAUAGAAUUCCAGAAGAUCACCUGGUCAGACCAGACAGGCAAAUCGCGAAUCUGGGAAGCUGCAUCGCGCAAGACUCGCGGAAAAUCCGGCGUUGAUGCCGUCGCCAUUAGCACCAUAAUCCGCCAUCCCUCACGUCCCCCCUCCACAAUCGUAAUCCUGCAAUACCGCCCACCCGUCGGCGCCAUCUGCGUCGAGUUCCCCGCCGGCCUCGUCGACGAGUCCGAGACUCCCUCCGACGCCUCAGUCCGCGAGCUGCACGAAGAGACAGGCUACAAGGGCAAGCUAAGCUACAUCAGCCCGACAAUCGUGAGCGACCCGGGCAUGAGCACGGCAAACAUGCAAUUGGCGACGGUAGAAGUGAACCUGAAGGAGGGCGAUAAGGAGCCGGAGCAGGCGCUGGAUGACGGCGAGUUCAUCGAGAGGGUGGUGGUGCCGCUGGACAGUCUGUUCGAGAGGCUGGAGGCGUAUAGCAAGGAGGGGAAGAUGGUGGAUGCGAGGUUAUUCCAUUGGGCGGCGGGACUGCAUUUUGCGAGGACGAUGCUAUGA